CGGAGCCGGGGCGAGAUGGAGCAAUUAUCAGAUGAAGAACUUGACCACGGUGCGGAAGAAGAUAGUGAUAAGGAAGAUCAGGAUCUGGACAAGAUGUUUGGAGCCUGGCUGGGGGAACUGGACAAACUCACACAGAGUUUGGAUACAGACAAGCCUGUGGCACCAGUGAAGAGAUCACCUCUCCGUCAGGAAACCAAUCUUGCUAACUUCUCGUAUCGCUUCUCCAUGUACAAUUUGAAUGAAGCCUUGAAUCAGGGGGAGACUGUGGAUCUAGAUGCCCUCAUGGCUGAUCUCUGUUCCAUAGAGCAGGAGCUCAGCAGCAUUGGGUCUCAUUCAGCAAACAAUGCUGCAGUGAAACGCCUUGCCACAGAAUCCAAAGCUCAGAAACCACCUGCUAGCCGACCUUCUACUAAGCACAGCAGCAUGAAAGGAUUAUCCUCCUCAUCUGGUAAGGUGACUAAACCAUCACAUGCCAACGUAUCUUUGGAUGACAUCACUGCACAGUUAGAGAAGGCCUCUUUGAGCAUGGAUGAGGCAGCCCAACAGUCUGUUGCAGAAGACAACAAACCAGGAGUUACUGCUCAGCACAGGAGGACAGCAUCUGCUGGCACUGUGAGUGAUGCUGAGGUGCGCUCAAUCAGUAACUCCUCCCGUUCAAGCAUAACCUCUGCAGCUUCCAGCAUGGACUCCUUGGAUAUCGAUAAGGUGAUGAGACCUCAGGAACUGGACUUGACAUCACAAGGGCAACCAAUCACUGAGGAGGAACAGGCUGCUAAACUCAAAGCUGAGAAGAUUAGGGUUGCGUUAGAGAAGAUUAAAGAGGCACAAGUGAAAAAGUUGGUGAUCAGAGUCCAUAUGUCUGAUGACAGCUCAAAAACAAUGAUGGUGGAUGAGAGGCAGACAGUGAGACAAGUGUUAGACAAUCUGAUGGACAAAUCCCAUUGUGGUUACAGUUUAGACUGGUCAUUGGUGGAAACCAUCUCUGAAUUGCAAAUGGAAAGGAUCUUUGAAGAUCAUGAAAAUUUAGUUGAGAAUCUUCUGAACUGGACAAGAGACAGUCAAAACAAACUAAUGUUCGUGGAACGUAUAGAGAAAUAUGCACUUUUCAAGAAUCCCCAGAACUAUCUUCUGGGGAAGAAAGAAACCUCUGAGAUGGCAGACAGAAAUAAAGAGGUGCUGCUAGAGGAAUGUUUCUGUGGAAGUUCUGUAACCGUGCCAGAGAUUGAGGGAGUUUUGUGGCUGAAAGAGGAUGGUAAGAAGUCUUGGAAGAAACGUUACUUUCUUCUUCGAGCUUCUGGAAUCUACUAUGUCCCUAAAGGGAAGGCAAAGGUCUCGCGAGAUCUCGUGUGCUUUCUACAGCUAGAUCAUGUCAAUGUUUACUGUGGACAGGACUAUCGGAACAAAUACAAAGCUCCCACAGACUAUUGUUUAGUGCUAAAGCAUCCUCAGAUCCAGAAGAAAUCCCAGUAUAUAAAGUAUCUUUGCUGUGAUGAUGUAAGAACUCUACACCAAUGGAUCAAUGGCAUCCGCAUUGCUAAGUAUGGGAAGCAACUAUACAUGAACUAUCAGGAAGCACUGAAGAGAACAGAAUCAGCGUAUGACUGGACUUCCUUGUCUAGCUCCAGUAUCAAGUCAGGCUCCAGCUCAUCUAGUUUGCCAGAAUCUCAAUCAAAUCAUUCUAAUCAGUCUGACAGUGGAGUUUCUGAUACCCAGCCAGCUGGACAUGUCCGUUCCCAAAGCAUUGUCAGCUCCAUGUUCUCCGAGGCCUGGAAACGAGGCACUCAACUGGAGGAAUCCAGCAAGGCCCGAAUGGAGCCUGCAGGUCGGCCCUUCAUGUCUGUCGCGCCUCCUCUGUCCCCACAGACAAAAGUGGUGACCCCCUACACAGCAUCGCAGCCAUCCCCGCCGCUGCCCCCACCGCCUCCCCCGCCCCCGCCUCCCCCGCCCCCACCUCCCCCGCCCCCCCCCCCCCUCCCCAGCCAGGCCGCCCCGUCUGCAGGCUCGCCCGCCACCAUGUUUGUCAAGUACAGCACCAUCACCCGGCUGCAGAACGCUGCCCAGCAUGGCGGGCCUUUUUCCAAAGCUCCUGCUGUGCAGCAGGCCCCCCCGCCCCCCCUGCCCUCGGGAAAGCCUCAGAUACUGGUGCCCCCCAACGGGAUCAUGCCACCUCCCCCCCCUCCACCGCCACCCCCCACACCAGGCUCGGCCAUGGCGCAACUGAAGCCGGCACCUUGUGCCCCCUCUGUGCCACAGUUCACGCCGCCACCCCCACCCCCCAAAAUCCAUCAGGUUCAACCAGAUAUAAGCCAGGCCACUGCCGCCUCCUCGUUGCCACCACCUCCUCCUCCUGUGCCUGCCCCACCACCACCCCAGGCACCCCCAAAGCCUGUCAUGGUAGCUCUCCCCCCACAGCCUAGUGGGAAGGCAGUGUCACCAGGGGUCACACAUGUCACCCCCCCUGUGCCCCUUGCAAUAAAGAAACAACCAAGUGUCACCUCUCCCCAGGUGCCUCCACUGCCCCCAGCCCCUCCUGGCCCCACUCCGCCCCCAACAUUCCCAAAGCAGCAGAAUUUCUCUGUGAAGCCUCCUCCAUCCCCUCAGUCCCCAGUGCCGUCAGUGGUGAAACAGAUAGUUAGCCAGUUCCCACCUCCUCCCAUCCCACCUGCCACUGAGCCCCAGCCUCUGAAACCCCUUCCACUGAGUGUGGCUCCACAGUCACCUCCAGCAGUGAAGGCAAAGCCCAAAUGGCAGCCCGCUUCUGCUCCUUCACCAGAUUUCCCCCCUCCUCCACCAGAGAGCAGCUUAGUGUUUCCUCCUCCACCUCCUUCCCCAGCUUCCUCUGCAGGUUCUCCCCCCCCUGACAAAUCAGGGUCUCCAGUCAAAAAGACCAGCAAGACAUCAAGCCCUGGAGGGAAGAAACCACCUCCAACACCUCAGCGGAACUCCAGCAUCAAGUCCGCCAGCUCCACUGAGUACCACGAGUCCAAGAGACCUUCAGUGGACCGCCUUGUCAGCAAAUUUGCACACCCACCAGAGCCGUCAGGGUCUCCUUCCAAGGAGUCAUCGCCUCCUGCAGCCCCUCCAAAGCCAGGAAAGCUCAACCUUUCUGGUGUAAGCCUGCCCAUUGUCCUUCCACAAGGAGGGAUCCCGGCCAAGGCUCCUGCUCUGGGUGUGUCUGGGAAGGAGCCAGUGGUUGAAUUCCCUUCACCACCCUCCGAUUCAGACUUUCCACCACCACCACCUGAAAUAGACCUUCCUCUCCCACCAGUUGAGAUCCCAUCCGUGUUUUCAGGCAGCACCUCCCCAAAAGUUGCUGUUGUCAAUCCCCAGCCUCAGGUGUGGUCAAAACCAUCUGUGAAAAAAGCCCCACCACCCACACGUCCCAAGCGGAAUGACAGCACUCGACUGACGCAGGUGGAGGUCGCAGAGCCACCAGGAUCAGCUGGCCCUCAAGUGCCCACUUCACCCAAGUCCAGCCUUAGUGUUCAGCCGGGAUUCCUGGCAGACCUCAACCGGACGCUGCAGCGGAAAUCCAUCACCCGACAUGGCUCCCUCUCCUCUGCACGGAUGUCCAGAACAGAGCCCACAGCCACCAUGGACGACAUGGCCCUGCCUCCACCUCCGCCGGAGCUGCUGGCUGACCAGCAGAAGACGAGCAGCUUCGGGGGCAGUCAUAUAUCUGGCUAUGCAACAUUACGGAGGGGGCCACCCCCCACGCCUCCCAAAAGGGAUCAGAACACCAAGCUGUCUCGGGACUGGUAGUCAGUCCCUAGGGGCCACUGCUCUCCGUGACUUGUUGGCCACUCCAUGAUUGGCCAACCCGUGAUCUUGCGCACUUGGAGAGAAUGUGGGGAUGUGGAUGAUAGCCCUAUCAAAAGAGGUGAUCUCAAACUGUAGCUAAGGCUAAAUGUAAAGGCAUUCCCCUUUCAUGGCUAGGCCAAAAAAGUUGGGGGUUAGGGGUGUUAAUAUUUUAUUGGGAAAG